AUGGCGCUGCACGCCGCAACAUACAAGAAUAGUUCGGUUCACGGAAUCCUAUUGGGAAGCUCGACGAAAGGCGUGAUUGUGGUGGAAGAUGCUGUUCCUGUAUCGCACGGGGCUCCGACCAAGCCUCUGGUUGAAAUUAGCUUGGGUCUGGUGCAAGCCAAAAGCGAUCACACCAUAGUUGGAUGGUACACUGCGCCGGAGCUAUUUUCCGAUAGCCGACCCGGACCAGUCGCCCUGCGUAUGACAGCCAACUUGGCUACUGGUACAAUUGAACCGACUUUGAUUGUGUUGCAAAAUGGACCUUUGUCGAAAUGUCUUGGAGGAGAAGGUAAAGCAGAUGGUGUUUUGCAAGCUUUUGGAAAAGACUUUGGUCAACAGUAUCUUGAAUCGGUUGAAACUGCUGUACAGGAUGGGCCAAAAGCUAGCCGAGCGGUGCAGGAAGCUUUCAAGGAUAGCACAAAACUAGAGGAUCUAGAGGAUCACUUGAAAGGGCCGCAACAUGCUUCCUGGUAUCCCAGCUCCGCACUAUCUAACCUGUCACUAUGA